AUGAAUCUCCAAUCUCGUGCGUCUAAAAUGCUUUUAUUGGCUAGAAAAGACAUUCAAGUUAAGGCCAAUAUCGAAAGUGAAGUAAAAACAGAUAGUGUGUUAACAUUUUGUAAUAAUUUUGGUCAAGACCAGGAUUUCUCCACUUUGUUUACUGAUAAUAGUAGUCUAGUCAGCACCUCAGCAUCUACUGAUUACUUAUUAGCUGAUGACAAUUUAAUUACUGAUGGUGAUUUACUCACCCUAGCUGAACAAGAAGUGGCUAACUUGAAUUAUAUGUGCUUAAAUAAUCAGGGUGAAAUUAAUGUUGACCCAGAAAUUCAGCAGAGUUUUGUUCACGAAUUAAUUCCUGGUGAAGAAGCCCAAAACUCUAUUUUGGAAGAUAUUGAAGCCUGUUGUAGAUCAGAUAAGUCAUAUCAACUCAGUGAAAAUGAAACUAUAUCAAGUGAAGAUGGGGUAUUAGAGGAGUCCCAAAACAACAUUUUAAUGGAAAACUUUCCAAGGACACGCAAAAAGAGACGUCAUGUAGACCAAAAACAAUGGAAGAAAAAUAAAAAUAAGAUAUUAAGACAGUAA